GGAGUGGGCAGGCAGCGUGCCGGAAGUGAGCGCCGCUAUCGCAGCGGAGUCGAGCGUUCAGGAGAAGCGAUCGCAAAGCGCUGCAGCUGCGUUCGUAUUUCGCAGUUUGAAUGCUCCUGAUCCUGAAUAAGAGUGAUGAAGACGCGUUGUGUAUCUCCGCCUCUUCACGUCCACGUAGAUGAGCAGACGCCUGUGCAUGUCCAUGUCAAGAAGAGCCAGAGAUCCAAGACUGCUCAGAAAAUACAGGAGGCAAAGUUAAAAGGAGAGAGAGGAAAUCUGCGAGCAACUGCUCAAGUGAAAACAAGAGUGCCAUGGAUCCCACCCGGAAAGGCAUCGGUCAGAGAAACUGGCUACAAGUGGGAGUUUUUAAACCUCCCACAGGGCCCUACACAUCGUUUAGAGAUCACUCCCAAUGAAGCAGACCGAACAGCAUCCAUCCUUCACAUGGCUGACCUGUCCACAGAUGAAGAAGAGGGCCUCCAUGGACGAAUUAACCAGUAUGAAAAGAAGAUAGACAGCCUUCUGAGUGAAGUGGGAACCCUCAAAAACGAGGUUGAACUACGGAAAAAAGAGCACCUUCUUGAGAGGCGAGUAGAAGAGUUAACUGCCUCAAAGAGGGUGAUUGAGGAGCAGGAAGAGGAGCUUGCUGAAGUGACCAAGGAACUUGCUGUAACGGAGCGAGAGAAUAGCUUAUUGAGGCAGAGCAUUGAAAAAAUGAAGGAAGAAACUGACCAUUCAAGAGUAGAGAAAGAGCACCUCUUGUUUGAGAAGGACACCCUGCUUAAGAAGCUUGUAGAAGCAGAGAUGGAUGGAGCAGCAGCAGCCAGACAAGUUUCUGCCCUUCGAGAGACAAUUGGCAAAUUGAGAAAUGAGAAGCGAAUUUCUGGAUCUGAUGUGAAUCUACUGUCUAGACAGAAAGAUUUGCUGUUACAGAAGCUGGAUACUUUUGAAACAACAAAUCGAACUCUGAGAAACCUGCUGAGGGAGCAGCACAGUCUGGAGACUGAUGCAAUGAGGUUGACUGAGCAGAAGGAAGUCCUUUUGCAGAAGUUGACUGAGUCAGAAGCCGAGAAUGCGCGACUAUUGGGAAAAUUACAAGAGCGAGAAAUGGAGGUUGGACAGCUUCUCCUACAAGUUGAGACUGAAAAGGACAAUGCAAGAACAACAGCUGAGCUUUCCAAAGCCCUUGAGACCACAAGAGCUCACUUGCAGGGACAGCUACGUAGUAAGGAAGCUGAAGGAAACCGUCUGACUGUCCAGAUCAGGAACCUAGAGCGGACCAUGGCCCAGCAACAAGGGGAGAUGGAUCAUCUCUUGGAACAACUGAAGGAAUUGAAAAGACAAUGUGAUACAGAUAAAGAAGCACUGAAGAGGGCUACACGGGCACAGAAGCAGCGGGCUGAGCGUUGUGAAGACACAGUCGAACAGCUUAACACGCAGCUCAUUGACAAGGAGUCGCAACUGGCAGACGCCUUAGCAGCAGCUGAGACCUGGAGGAGUCGGCACAGCCAGACAGUGAAGGAGAAUAACCAGUUGGAGAUGGAGAUCACAGUCUUGAACAAGUCAGAGCAGAAUUUAUUCUGCCGGGUUGCCGAUUUGACAGAUCAGCUACACAAUUUAGAGGACAAGGGGCGAGCAGAGAGGGAAGGUUUGCUGGAUAGGCUGCACCGACUGACCUCCGAGAGCACCUCCUGCAAGUUGGAAAAUGAACGGCUCAAGGCCAGUAUAUCUGCAAAUGAGGAGAAAAUAAAUAUUUCCCAGACGGAGGUUCAGCAACUGAAGGCUUCAAUCAAACAAUAUGAGAAUCUGGUAGAUAACUACAAAUCACAGAUACUGAAGACUCGCACGGAGGCAGAUGAGUACUGCCUGAAAUUGGAAAUGGCUGAACGAGAAAGUCAAAAGUUGCAUGAGGAAGUGAACAAGGAAGUUGAGCUGGUCCGGAGGCAACUUCAAGGCCGUUUGACUGACCUCGAGCCCCUUCCAGAGCUCCUCAAGGCCACUGAGCUCAAGCUACAGGACUGUCAGGAGCAGGUGCAGAGUUACGAAAAGAAGACAGUUGAACAAUCCACUAUCCUCACCGAACUGCGGGUCAAGGUAGAACAGCAGGGCAGCCAAGUAGAGAGUGUUCGAGAGAAGAAUGUCACACUUGUGGAGGAGAACAAACUUCUGCAUCAAAAAAUAGAUAUUCUGGAGAGGAAGCUCGAUGAUGCAAAUGAGCAAAAUAGAGAGCUGGUUCAGGUGAUAGCAAAGAGAGAGGAAACCAUUCAUAACAACCAGCUGCGAUUAGAAGAGAAGUCCCGGGAGUGCAGCCUUCUAACGCGGCAAACGGAUAAUGCCAUUGAAGAUGCCCGGCGUCAGAUGGAUCAAACAAGAGAGCGAGCUUUAUCAAAGGAACAUUCAACACAAGCCAAGAUUCUGGACCUAGAAGCCCAGCUGAGCCGCACCAAAACAGAGAUCAAUCAACUGCGACGAUCCAAAGAAGAUGCCGAGCGUCGCUUCCAAAGCAAAUUGCAAGAUCUGAGAGAUCGUCUGGAGCAGACGGACAGCACCAACCGUAGUCUACAGAACUAUGUGCACUUCCUCAAGGCGUCCUACGCGAAUGUUUUUGGAGAUUGUCCCCUCACUAGCUCUACACUGCGUCCUCCUUCCCCCAUCUGAGUAAUAUGCCAUGCAAGUCUUCCUCCCCCCUCGUUUUUUUCUCUCCUAAGAACUCCCGGUCUUGGUGCAGUGACUCUUAUUCACAAGCGGUUGACAUUUUGUUUCUGUUCAUUUAUCCGGUUUACUCCAACCGAACUUGCCUGUCUUCUGUCAUCAUAACCCCCAGAUCUCUAAAUUUUAGAGUUGAAUGGCUGCUGGGAUGCCAAAUGGCUUUUUCUGUUGGUUGUCUUGCUGUCACUACUUUUGUGAUGAAAUUGGGUCGGUCUGACUCGACAAAUAUUUAAAUUCCUUGGUAUCUGCUAAUCAGUGACACCAAUAUUUUUUUUUUUU